UAAAAUUUAAUGUUUGCCCCUCUUUGACGUCAAAUCGUACGCUUUCGGGAUCGUAUAUAUAUUAGACCGUGGAGUUGGUAACUUCAUCAUUGGGAUUUUUUCCAUCAUGUACACGCUUAGUGUUGCCAUCGUGCUCUGCCUUGCGGUUUCCGCUUACGGAUUCCCAGGGACCCAGAUCGUGGGUGGCAACGACGCACCUGUUGGAAAAUUCCCCUAUCAAGUCUCUCUUCAAUACAACGGAAACCACUUCUGUGGUGGAUCCAUCAUCAGCAGCCGCUACAUCCUCACUGCUGCCCAUUGCGUGAAAGGAGUGCCAGACAUCCGACGCGCUACCGUCCACGUUGGAAUAAACCUUUUGAGCCAAUCCGGAGCUGUUUACAAUGUCGAAAGUGGCGUAGCCCAUCCCAACUACAACGACAGAACGAUUUCUAACGAUGUUGCUGUGAUCCGCGUCAACAGGAAUAUUGCCUUCAACGCUAAAGUUAAAUCUAUCGGACUGGCCUCCCGCAACGUCGCUGAUGGAUCAUCCUGCGUUCUAUCUGGAUGGGGAACACUGAAGGCUGGUGGAUCUGUCCCCAACAAAUUGCAGUACGCUAACUUGCGUGUCGAGUCUCUGUCUAAAUGCCAACAAGCAUGGAAAGGUACUGCCAGUGUUCAAAGCACUCAAGUCUGCACGCUCACCAGAGUCGGACAGGGUGCAUGCAACGGUGACUCUGGCGGCCCUCUCGUUGCCAACGGCCAACAAAUCGGUAUCGUAUCCUUCGGACGCCCAUGCGGUCUUGGAAGCCCUGAUGUGUACACCAAAGUAUCCUCCUACUUGAACUGGAUCAGAGGACAACAAUCUCUCAUUCAGGACGAAGAGGAAUCUGACGUGGACAUGGUCGAAGAACCAUCGCAACCCGACAGUGUGAUGAUCGCAGAAGAACAACAACCUGAAUUUGCUCUGUACUAACUUGUUUAAACUCUACCUCUCCAAUAAUUCAUUAAUAAAUACACAUAUUUCU